GUUUCUGUCAUGGCCAAGUUAUUUGAGUCCAUUGGGAAGUUGGGGCUCGCCCUUGCCAUCGGUGGAGGUGUUGUCAACUCUGCCCUCUUCAAUGUCGAUGCAGGGCACCGGGCUGUAAUAUUUGACAGGUUCCGAGGAGUUCAGGAGGCUGUCGUUGGCGAAGGAACCCAUUUCCUGAUUCCCUGGGUCCAGAAGCCCAUCAUCUUUGAUUGUCGCUCCCGUCCACGCAAUGUGCCCGUCAUCACAGGCAGCAAAGAUCUGCAGAAUGUUAACAUCACGCUGCGUAUCCUGUUCCGCCCGGUGACGGGUCAGCUGCCCCGCAUCUUCACCAGUAUUGGUGAGGACUAUGACGAGAGGGUGCUCCCAUCCAUCACCACAGAGGUCUUAAAAGCCGUAGUGGCGAGGUUCGAUGCUGGCGAGCUCAUCACCCAGAGAGAGCUCGUGUCUCGGCAGGUCAGUGAGGACCUCACAGAGAGGGCGUCCACCUUCGGUCUCAUCCUGGAUGAUGUUUCGCUGACACACUUGACCUUCGGCAAGGAAUUCACAGAAGCCGUUGAAAUGAAACAGGUGGCCCAGCAGGAGGCUGAGAGAGCCCGCUUUGUUGUGGAAAAGGCGGAGCAACAGAAGCAGGCCUCCAUCAUCUCAGCAGAGGGAGACUCUCAGGCCGCGCUGCUCAUUGCCAACUCUCUGAUGGAUGCUGGGGACGGCUUGGUGGAGCUGCGUAAGCUGGAGGCGGCGGAGGACAUCGCCUUCCAGCUGUCGCGCUCCCGCAACGUCACCUACCUGCCCUCCGGACAGGGCACGCUGCUCCAGCUGCCCCAGUGA